AUGCCCUCAAAUUUUACCCUAUAUAUAAGCUAUACAUAUCCCAUCAAGUUUCCUCACCAAAAUUACUUUGAAAACAUUCCACCUUGCAACACAUAUCCAUUUCUAGAGCUUAAAACUUUUGUUUCCAAGUACAAGAAGCUUCUUUCACUCACCUCCUCCCAUUUUUGUACACACAUUGUCCUGAGUUUCCUAGCAUCAGUCAUGCCUUCAAGAGUUUCAGAUUCUCUGGCCCUUCACCCUGUAUUCCAACAUAACCACAACCAAUAUUUGGACUUGAACUCCCUCGAAGAGUUGCCUGAUUCGCAUGCAUGGUCUUCUGAGCUAGACAAGCUUUCGGCUAGUCCAGAUGAUCAUGGCGAGUCCAACUUACCUGUAAUCGACUUAAGUGACCCCAUAAAUGGCCCGAAACAUCUUGUUCAUGCAUGCAAAACAUGGGGAGCUUUCCAAUUAAUAAACCAUGGAAUCUCUAACCAACUUGUAGACAGCAUGGAGGCUGCUACAAGAAAGCUCUUCUCACUGCCUAUUGAACAGAAGCUCAAAGCUGAGCGCCAAGAAGGGGGUUGUGGCUAUGGCCCUUUCCGGAUCUCCUCUUUCUUUCCCAAACGCAUGUGGUCUGAAGGCUUCACCAUUGUUGGCUCUCCUCUUCAACAUGCUCGACUACUUUGGCCAGAGGAUUACUCUGUUUUCUGUGAUGUAACAGAAGAAUACCAGAAAGAAAUGAAAAAACUAGCUGGAAAGAUUAUGUGGAUAAUGCUGGAGGCACUAGGCAUAACAAAGGAAGACAUCAUAUGGGCAGGGCCAAAUGGAGAAUUUGAGGCCUCUGGAGCUGCCUUGCAGCUGAACUCAUACCCGGUCUGUCCCGACCCGGAUCGGGCCAUGGGUCUAGCAGAUCAUACUGAUUCCACUCUUCUCUCAAUCCUGCACCAAAGCAACCAAAGUGGACUACAAGUGUUUCGGGAAGAAAUGGGAUGGGUCACUGUCCCUCCUGUUGAAGGAGCAUUAGUAGUGAACAUUGGUGAUCUGCUCCACAUACUAACAAACGGGUCGUAUCCGUCAGUGCUCCACCGGGUCACUGUCAACCGGGAGCGACACCGUUAUUCCAUGGCUUACCUGUAUGGUCCACCACACAGUGCUGAGAUCUCGCCUCUAUCCAAAUUAGUGGAUCAUCAGCAUCCACCUCUAUAUAGGCCGGUGACUUGGAGUGAGUAUCUUGGAAUGAAAGCAAUCCUUUUCUAUAACGCACUUUCUUCUCUUAGGCUUUGAGCUCCUAGAGAUAUAUGGAUCCUGUCCUGGAUCAUAUUAAUGUUGUGUUUUUGUUUAGUUGCUAGUAGUUCUAGUAUGUUGUUGCUUUG